UAAUGACUGUAGCAGAUUGUGGAUUUGAUUAAUUAAAGAGAAAAGGCAGAGAUGAGCCAGUGGGGCCCUGAGCGGCCCCAGGUGUCCCGGCCCACGGCGGGGACCAGCGCGUCCGGCCGGCGCGAAAAUCCACGGGAAAAAGUGAAUCAAAAAAGAUGGGGGAACAAAAAAAAAAACCCUAAAGGUGCUCGGAGGACUUACCAUCGAGAGGGCGUAGAGCGGCGGCGCGCGGCGCCCUCCCGGCCGCAACUCUGUGGUCACUUCCGGUGCCGCCAUGGCCUCGGCGGGGCGCCUCGGCGGGGCGCUGGCGCUCGUGACAGGAGGCGCCAGCGGCAUCGGCCGCGCCGUCUGCGCCCCGCCUGGCGCGGGAAGGCGCCCGCCUGGCCGUGGCCCGACCGGGACGAGCGGGGGGGCGGGAGAGACCGUGGGGGGGCUCCACGCGUGGGGGGGGGACACGGGACGACGGGACACACCCCACGCGGGGGGUGGGACCCCCCCCCAGCCCCACGCCGCCUUCGGGGUGGACGUGGCCUCCGCCCCCAGCGUCACCCAGCUCCUGGCCCGCGUCCAGGAGCACUUUGGGGUCCCCCCCAGCAUCUGCGUGGGGUGCGCCGGCAUCACCCGCGACGAGUUCCUGCUGCGGCUGGGGGAGGGGCCCUUCCGGGAGGUGCUGGGGGUCAACCUGACGGUACGGGGGGGCGCGGGGGGGCACCGGGGAGACGGGGGGUCACGGUGA